UCACUCGUCACACCACUUUUUUUCUAGGGUUUCUCAUUCGUCUCUUUAUCUUCCUUCUCUUUAGCUUCCUUUGUUUCUCCGGCUCAAUCAUGGCGCCGAAGCGCAAGAGAGCUACAAAGAAGGACGAGAGUACCAAAUCCAUUCCCAAACCGAGGAAGAGAGCUCCUAAGCGAGCUAAAACUGUGAAAGAAGAGCCGGUGAAAUUCGUGGAGGAAGGGGAAAAGUAUGUUGCAAGGUUUCUCGACGAACCUAUUCCAGAAUCUGAAGCCAAGAGUACUUGGCCUGACAGAUACAAACCGAUUACGGUACAAAAACCUAAGGCUCCGUCAAGAAACACGACGAAGGAUGACGAAAAAGAUAAGAUCAUUCGGGCUCGAUGCCAUUAUAGACGUGCGAUUGUUGAUGAGCGUCAGAUAUAUGAGCUUAAUGAUGAUGCUUAUGUGCAGGCUGGUGAGGGAAAUCAGCCCUUCGUUUGUAAAAUUGUUGAAAUGUUUGAAGGGGCUAAUGGGAAAUUGUAUUUCACAGCUCGGUGGUUCUAUAGAGCUGAUGAUACUGUGAUGAAACAGUUCAAGAUUCUGAUCGAUGAUAAGCGUGUGUUUUUCUCGGAGAUUCGAGAUACAAAUGAAUUGGGAUUACUAGAAAAAAAGUUGAACAUUUUGAUGAUUCCCUUAAAUGAAAAUGCUGCUGGGCCUAUCGCUGCAACAAAAACCUGUGAUUAUUAUUGCGAUAUGAACUAUCUCUUGCCUUACGAUACAUUUGAAGCUUUACAACAAGAUACCAAAAUGGCUAUAAGUGAAAGUUCAACAAUAUCCAGUGAUACUGAUGUAAACGAAGGAGCUGCUGCUAUAUCAGAGAAUCAAGAAGGUUCUCAAGACACACGAGUUCAAAGAGAGACAACUUUGCUUGACCUUUACUCCGGCUGUGGAGCUAUGUCCACAGGGUUGUGCAUGGGUGCACAACUCUCUGGUUUGAACCUUGUCACUAAAUGGGCUGUUGACAUGAAUGCGCAUGCAUGUAAAAGCUUGGGGCAUAACCACCCAGAGACACACGUGAGAAACAUGUCCGCAGAAGAUUUCUUGUUUCUGCUUAAGGAGUGGGAGAAGCUAUGCAUUCAUUUCUCUUUGAGAAAUUCUCCAAAUUCAGAAGAAUAUGAAAACCUUCAUGGUAUGACUAAUGUUGAGGACAAUGAAGAUGUCAGCGAGGAGAGUGAUGAUGAAGAUGACGGCGAAGUUUUUACAGUGGAAAAGAUUGUUGGUAUUUCCUUCGGAGUCCCUAAAAAGUUACAGAAACGUGGUCUUUAUUUGAAGGUACGAUGGUUGAAUUACGAUGAUUCCCAUGAUACAUGGGAGCCUAUUGAAGGACUCAGUAAUUGCCGGGAAAAGAUAAAGGAGUUUGUCAAACUCGGAUAUGAAUCUGGCAUCCUUCCGUUACCAGGAGGUGUUGAUGUUGUCUGUGGCGGGCCGCCAUGCCAAGGAAUCAGUGGUCAUAACCGCUUCAGGAACUUAUUGGAGCCUCUAAAAGAUGAGAAAAACAAGCAGCUUCUUGUUUAUAUGAACAUUGUGGAGUUUCUAAAGCCGAAAUACGUUUUGAUGGAGAAUGUGGUAGACAUGCUUAAGAUGUCUGAGGGCUAUCUUGCGCGUUAUGCUGUGGGAAGGCUUAUCCAAAUGAAUUACCAAGUCAGGAUGGGAAUGAUGGCGGCAGGAGCAUAUGGUCUUGCUCAGUUCCGCUUGCGGUUCUUCUUAUGGGGUGCACUCCCUAGCAUGAUGAUUCCUCAGUUCCCACUUCCAACUCAUGAUUUAGUACAGAGAGGAAAUAUUGUUAAGGAGUUUCAGGGAAACACAGUAGCCUAUGAUGAAGGCCACACUGUGAAGUUAGCAGACAAGCUUUUACUUAGAGAUGUGAUUUCUGAUCUUCCCGCUGUUGACAACAGUGAACAAAGGGACGAGAUACCAUAUGACCAAGAUCCUGUGACACCAUUUCAACAGUUCAUCAGAUUAAGAAAGGAUGAAGCGUUAGGUUCACUAACAAAGUCCAAGUCCAAAAAGCAUGUCUUGUACGAUCAUCAUCCCCUGAAUCUGAAUAUUAAUGAUUAUCAACGAGUUUGUAGAGUCCCCAAGAGGAAGGGAGCGAAUUUCAGGGACUUUCCUGGUGUUAUUGUUGGACCCGGUAAUGUAGUCCACUUGGAUGAGGAUAUGAAAAUCAUGCUUCAAUCUGGAAAACAAUUGGUUCCCAAUUAUGCGUUGACGUUUGUCGAUGGGACAUCGUCCAAACCUUUUGGUCGCCUUUGGUGGGACGAGAUAGUCCCUACUGUUGUCACACGUGCGGAACCGCACAACCAGGUGAUCAUUCAUCCAACGCAAGAUCGUGUUUUAUCCAUUCGAGAAAAUGCCAGACUCCAGGGCUUUCCUGAUGACUACAAACUCUUUGGACCAACGAAACAAAAGUAUAUCCAAGUCGGUAAUGCGGUAGCUGUGCCAGUAGCAAAGGCCCUUGGAUAUGCUUUGGGAAUCGCUUUCCAGGGUCUCGCAGAUGGGAAGGAUCCACUUCUUACUCUUCCUGAAGGUUUUGCAUUCAUGAAGCCAAAUCUUCCUUCCGAGCUUGCAUGAACACUGUUGAUUCAUUGCAUUCUUCGAUUCAUUGUCUUUCUUGGAUUUAUCUUUAGACUAUUUUCUGCGUUGUUUGGAUUUGUUUUGUUUAAGUUUCACGACUUUCAAGUUUGUGUUCUGAAUUUCUGGUAACUUUGUUUAAAUCAGAUUUCAUGGAUUUGUGGGAUUGUCUCUUUCUUUUUGUCUAAGAAAAAAUUUCGGAUUUAA